AUGGCGGGUUCUUGCACGAUCGAGGUCGAAAACCACUUCGGGCCCAUCGUCGGAGAUGCCUGUUACGGGAGGUUGGACUUCACCUUGUACUUUGAGGAAGCCUUUCUGUCUAUCUUCCCUGCUGCGACGGUGAUCGUAGCUGCGGGCUUGCGGUGUCUCGUGGUUCAGAGUUUCAGCGUCAAGGUCCGGGGAGGCUGGCUGUACCCCCUGAAACUGCUGUGUCUCGCGCUCUACUCCAUCUCGCAGCUGCUGCUCUUCGCCUUCUGGGUCACGUCUGGCACGCCGAAGACCGACCUCACCAUUGCGGCGACCUUGCUCCGGUUCCUGGCAACCCUCUUCUGUGGGUAUCUGUCGCUGUUGGAGCAUUACCGAUCGGUUCGGCCCUCGAAGAUCCUGAAUCUCUAUUAUCUUUUCUCGUUACUCUUUGAUAUCCCUCAGGCUCGCACGAUAUGGAUUGUCCAAGGACUGCACAGGGUCGCGGGCAUCUUCAUCGCCGGCAUGGCUGUCAAGGCCUUGCUACUGGUCCUCGAGACUUGGGAAAAAAAGCGCCUCGCCAAACCCAUGUAUGCCACCUUAGCGCCCGAGGACUGGACAGGCGUCAUCAACCGCAGUCUCUUCUGGUGGUUCAAUCAACUUUUGUUCCGCGGAUCACGCAAUGCGCUUUCGAUGGGGGAUUUGUUUCACCUCGAGGAUUGUAUGAUCCCAGACCCAGAGGGAAAGGGCCGACUCGCGCAGCUCUGGGAGAAUUGUGAAAAUAAAGAGAAAUCCGGUGCCUUGAUCGGCCCUCUCGCUAAAGCCUUCAGAUGGGACCUGCUAGCCGGGAUCAUCCCGCGUCUAUCCCAAACGGGUUUCACCUUCGCGCAACCGUUUCUUGUCCAGGCGGCCGAGAAGCUUUUCGCCAACAAAGACCUGCCUGAUGCAAAAAGCAAAGGGAUUCUCCUGCUCGGCGCUUACGCGCUAGUUUACGCCGGCAUCGCUGUCUCCACCGCGACCGCGCAGCACAAGACCUACCGCGUGAUUACCAUGAUGCGAGGAGCGCUAGUGGGACUGAUCUUCGACAAGAGCACGACCAUCAACGCGCAUCUAAACGAUGACUCCGCCGCCCUAACGCUAAUGAGCACCGACAUCGAGCGGAUCACCAGCUGUGGACGCUAUUUGCAUGAUACGUGGGCGAGUCUGAUUGAGAUUGCGAUUUCCUUGUACUUGUUGUAUAACCAGCUGAGUACGGCGGGAGUGGCGCCGAUCAUUAUUGCAUUUGCUUGCACGGUGGUGGCCAUGAAGAUCGCCAUGGUGACCGGCGAGCGGCAAAACCUGUGGAUUGAAGCAAUUCAGAAGCGAGUGUCGGUCACGGCAGAGAUGCUAGGCUCGAUGAAGGGGGUCAAGAUCUCGGGGCUUAAAGACCUUCUACAUGACAAAAUCCAAGGACUGCGCGAGGACGAGAUUCUUGCUUCGCUGAAAUUUCGCACGCUUUUGAUUUGUGUUGUUGCGCUCUCCAACUUCAACACACUUAUUACGCCGGUUGUGACUUUCACAAUUUAUGCCAUGGGCUCGCGCGAUGGGAAAGCGGGUUAUCUUGACAGUGAACGAGCGCUGACCUCCUUAACGCUGUUCAACCUCUUCUCCGUGUUUAUUGGCGCGCUGGUUGAGUCGAUCAGCGACACGGCCAUGGCGCUCGAGUGCGUUGACCGAAUUCGGGAUUACUUGGCAAUGGAUCCACACGAGGAUUUGCGUGAGGUCGUCCGAACUCGGGACCUUUCGGAUGAGAAGUCUGGCUGCGUCGAGGCAAUUAACGUCGAUGUAGGAUGGAAGGGAGGCGAAGCUCCUGUCUUGCACGGUCUAUUUUACCGAAUUGAGCGCUCAUCCUUGACAAUGAUCGUGGGUGCGGUUGGCUGCGGCAAGACGACGCUCGUCAAGGCGAUGCUCGGCGAGGUGAACUGUAUGACUGGUAAGAUGAGAGUCAACUGCGACCGUAUGGCGUACUGUGGACAAGAGGCAUGGUUAACCAACGGCACGGUGCAAGAGAAUGUUCUCGGGGGUUCAGCGUACGAUCCCCCGUGGUAUUCGACCGUCAUUGCGGCUUGUGGCCUGGAGAAAGACUUUACGGAGCUAGGCAACGGCGAUCAAACCGCGGUCGGCAGUAAGGGUGUUUCAAUGAGUGGUGGACAAAAGCAAAGACUAGCACUCGCCCGAGCGCUUUACUCAGGCGUGGAAACAAUCAUCAUGGAUGAUGCCCUCAGCGGGCUCGACCCAGUCACUGACGAACACAUCUUCUCUCACGUCCUGGACUCCCAUACGCCGACCACAUCAUCGCCCUCAAGGCCGACGGCACUAUUCUCGUCCAAGGCACAUUCGACGAUUGCUGCAAAAAGCUCGAUUCUCAUCCAAGGCUUUGCUAUCGCCAAGCCCCCUGCCAUCCAGAUGAAAAGUGAGAUGCCCAAGGCCGUGGAGAAAGCCAGCGUCCCUUACUCUAAGGAGGCGAUCUCGGACGCGCGCAAGACCAGUGACUUACAGACGUACAUUUACUACCUCACGACGGUGCCUUGGUAUAACUGGUUGGUGUAUUCCAGUUUCAUGGCGGUGUUUGUGUUCUUCCAGGCCUUCCCGUCCGUUUGGGUGACCUGGUGGGCCCGGGAUAACGACGAACGGCCCAACAAGAACAUGAGCAUGCGUAUUGGCGUGUACUGGCUGUUCGGCGUGCUCGGAGCCUGCUUCCUCCUGGCCACUGCAUGGUUCUACAUGCUCAAGAUCGUCGCCAAGACCGCCUCGGUCAUCCAUUCGCGGCUCCUGCGGACGGUGCUCAACGCUCCGAUGGCCUUCUUCGCCUCGACCGACUCAGGUAUCACCAUCAACCGAUUUAGCCAGGAUCUGCAGCUCAUUGACAUGGAGCUGCCUUUGGCAGUACUCCAAGCGUGCAUGGCGCUAUUUCUGUGUGUGGCUCAACUGAUCAUCAUCGCCGUCUCCGCCAAAUACAUCACAGCCACUAUCCCGCUGUGCAUCUUCGUAUACUGCGCCAUUGGCACCUUUUACAUUCGCACCUCGCGCCAGCUGCGCAUUAUGGACAUUGAAGCCAAAUCCCCGCUGUUCUCCAAUUUCAUGGAGCUGCUGAACGGGCUCGUGACCAUCCGCGCUUUUAACUGGGAGGAGCAGUACAAGGUCCGCAAUCGAGCUCUGCUGGCCGAGUCCCAGCGCCCGUUCUACCUCCUGUACACUGUACAGCGCUGGCUGAGCCUCGUGCUCGACAUGACCGUGACGGGAUUUGUGGUAGUGCUCAUGGGCAUCGCCGUGGGGACGAUGCAGAGUACGGACGCGAGCUUUUUAGGUCUGGCGUUGGUCAAUGUCGUUUCGCUGAGUGCCAGCGUCAAGGCACUGAUCACGGAUUGGACAGUAUUAGAGACAAGUCUGGGCGCUGUGACGAGAGUGAAACAUUUUCUGGAAACAACCGAGUCGGAGGACACAGCUGAGGAAAGGGAUCUGCCGCCGGACGAUUGGACCGGCGGAGGCACGAUUGAAUAUAGAAAUGUCUCGGCUUUUUAUCAGGAUCCGUCUGCACCGGUAUUAAAGAAUGUCUCUUUCCGCGUCCGUAAAGGAGAGAAGGUUGCCAUUUGUGGGCGGAGUGGCAGCGGCAAGAGUACUCUCGUCUCCGCGCUGUUCCGCAUGAUUGAACUUUGCGACGGCUCCAUUGUAGUGGACGGGGUGAACAUCGCGACGCUGCCCCGGCAAGAAAUCCGCUCGGCAAUUAUUGGUCUUCCGCAGGAUCCCCUGCUCUUGGAAGACAGCACCGUUCGCGAGAAUAUCGAUCCCUUUGACUACUCCCCUGAUGAGGCGGUGAUCAACACGCUUAAGCGCGUCGGCUUGUGGGAGAUAAUCGAAGGCCAAGGCGGGCUCGACACCGUGGCCAGCGGUGACCUUUUCUCACAUGGACAAUGGCAAUUGCUCUGUAUGGCGAAGGCCAUGCUCCGCCAGGGGAACAUCAUCGUCUUUGAUGAGGCGACAAGCGGAGUAGACCCGGACACGGAUGAGAUGAUGCAAGAGCUCAUCCGCUCCUGCUUCGUCGACUACACCGUCCUCACCGUGACCCACCGUCUCGAUACGAUCAUUGACUACGACCGCGUUCUCGUCAUGGACAAUGGUAUCCUCCUCGAAAGCGACCAGCCGCGUGAUCUCCUCGCCCGGCCCUCGAUCUUCCGCGAACUCUACAAAUCCUCCCGUGGGUGGGAAGAGUACGAGCGUCAGGAACGGGCAGAAGCCGAAUCCCGCGAGCGCGAGCGUCUGAAGAAAGAGAAGGAGCAGCGAGCUGAAGCUGAGCAACGCGACCAGCUUAUUGUCACUCAGGUUUAA